CCAACAUUACGUAGGAGGGUGUGUCUCCCAAAGCCGUAAGUCGGCGUCCAGCGUGACAGUAUUAGUAUAAAGGACGUGGUGGCUACCCUUGCCAUGACAGUGCUAUGAACAGCUUGGAUGUUCUAUGAAUCAUUUUUUUUUUACAUUUUUAAGGUCGUUUUGGACAGACAGUACCGUGACACGAGUUUCAAACUUUGGACAGCACAAGGAUUUUAUCUUUCUUUACUUCUCAUAAAAAUCUGCUGCUCGGAAUUCAAAGUCACCGUCCCAAGUUCCCUGGUGGUCACUCUUGGUCAGCCCGUGGUCUUGCCCUGCAGUUUCUCCGUGGGGAAUGUCUGGCAGCCUGAAAGCAUUGUGAUUACUUGGCGGCGUGGGCUUGAAGUUGUUCACAGUUUUUACCUCAAUCGGGACCAGCUGAAGCACCAGAACCCACACUAUGUGAAGCGCACCUCCCUGUACCAGUCAGAGAUGCAGAAGGGCAACGCAUCUCUCCGAUUGGAAAACGUCACCAUAGAAGAUAGGGGGGAGUACAUCUGUUACGUGAGCUCGCAACGGGGCGGAGGGAGGAAGAUCUUCCCUCUAAAAGUGGCAGCACUCUAUUCAGAGCCAGUGCUGCAGUUCUCAGUGCAGCCCGGAAGUGUGACGGUUCUUCUAACCUCAGGAGGAGGAUUCCCAGCUCCCACCUUGAGCUGGCUACAAGGCCAUGAAGACCUCACCAACAGCACAGAGACCCGUCUAACACGGGACACACUCUCAGGGCUUUAUAACGUGUCCAGCACCUUGACUCUCAAAGACAACUCCAAUGCCACCCUCAGUUUUAUACUGAAGAAUGAGGACCUGAUACAGGAGAUCAGGAGGAACAUAAGCCUGCUGUUUGGUAGGUAG